CAGUGAUCAUUUGUUUAAAUAUCCGGAAAUUCACAAAUUAGGAUGCAAUUUUCUAUAAAAAGAAGCUUUUCUAACUCGAGUGUCACAUUCAGAAGAGUGGUCUAUCAGCAAAUCGACGAGUGAGGAAAUUUCAAAUCAGGUGAAAUGAGGACCUUAUUUUUACUUUUGUCAUUAUUGUGGGUGGUAUAUGCGGCAGAAAAGUGCUAUGGCGGCGGUGGUGGUGGUGGUGGUGGCGGCGGAGUUUCAGCACCUAGUGCAACGAGUACGGGUGCGGGUACGGGCACGGGUACAGGUGGAACAGUUGCAGCGUCGGCACCGAGCGGUGGUAUGGAACCAGGGGCCGUUGGAGGUAAUGGUCAAGGACGUCGUCAAAGUGGAGGGGGACGAGGUGGUCGAGGUGGACGUGGAGGGCGGGGUGGACAAGGAAGACAGUCUGGGCGAGGUGGACAACGUCAGCGAGGGGGUCGAAGGCAAGGUCGACGGGCGGGUAAUAAUCGUCGUGGAAGACAAAACGGUCGCGCAAGAAAUUCAAGGAAUCGUCGUGGAUAGAUACGUCAGUUCCGGUUUAAUAACGGCUGCUUCGAAAUGAAAUUUCUCAGAAAAAUAAAAUUUUAUUAAGUUGA